AUAAUUAAAAAUAUUUUUACGUUUAUACUUGCAGUAUUAUCUUCUGAUAAAAAAAUUUCUUCGCAUCUUUAAUAGAAAAAUAAUAUAGAGAAAACUUUAUAAAUGGAAAAACAAUGUAAUACACCUUUAAUAAACUUAUACCUUGCAGGUCCGAUUUUCUAAUGCAACCAAUUUCGGAACGACUGCAUAUCGUAUUUUCAUAAUAGUCUGAACAGACUCUAUAUACGAAUAAAAUUUUCAUAUCUCUUCAGUUUGCGUCGAACUCGUGAAAAUAACAUUUUCUAUGUAGCUGCACCCCUUCUCCAUAUAAUUACGCAAUUUACAUAAUGUCGUGACUUUACAGAAAGUGGUUUUGGUUUUCGCGGAAUGUAUUGUCGAGACACAUGCCAGACACAUGAAUGUCUGAUUUUACGACAAUCGACAUUAAACAGAAUUCUCAAUAGAAGAUUGAUUCGAACUAUAUCUCACGUUGAACUUGAAAUACUACAUAGAUACUGAAUUUCGUAUCAAUAGCAGCGGGAAAUAAGAGAUGACAGGAUGAGUGAUAUUGAUCAGUACUUUAAAAAUUCGCAUUACAACAUCAUUCGAAUACUAUUAGGUAUCAGUGGUCUGUGGCCCUUUCAUACGCGAAACAGACGCUACGCAAUAUAUCUCACAAUGAUAUUGGUGCUGGGGACCGGAUACAUAUUCCAGAUAUUGGGUAUAGUUGAAGUCUGGCACGAUUCCUUCGAACUAAUCAAUGCAAUACCGUUCUUAUUUUUCACUACUAUAGCUUUAGGUAAAAUGAUCUGUACGGUAUACACAUUACCACAGAUAAAAGUGCUUCUAACAAGAAUGCGAGAGUAUCGUCUUUCCCCAAAGUCGAACGAGGAAACUAAAAUACAGAAUUCGCACGCGCAAUAUGGGCGAAAGUUCGGCUACGCUUAUACGGGUUUCUUAUUAGGCCAUAGUGUUCUUUAUUUACUCUCAUCAUUAUCAUUAAAAAUUUUCCACACGCCAUCCAAUGAGACUGAUGAGUUAUCAGAUAAAGAGUCGAAUUACCGGAUAGGACUACCUCAUCGCGCUAAUUACAUAGUUGAUGUAGACACGUAUUACGUUCCAAUUUUUAUACAUUCCGCCAUAUGUGAUUUUACAUGCACGUAUUUACUAACUGUAUUCGAUGUUCUGUAUCUAACAGUGGUCGAGUACUGUUGUGGUUUGUUCGCGAGUCUAAGAUACCGAUUGGAAAUUGCGUUAGUAUUCAAUGAUGACAAAUUAAGAACGUUAAAGGAUAAAUCUUACGCGAAUAUCGUGUACUGUAUUCGCAGACACGCAGAAUCGAUGCAGUUUGUUUCUAUCGUGGAAUCAGUAUAUAGUUUAUCUCUUCUUCUUCAUGUGGGAUCGUUCGUACUUGUUAUAAGUUUUCUACUGUAUCAGGUGUUAAACGACUUAGAAGUAAACGCUAAUACCGUUGUACGAACUACUGCUUAUUUAAACGCAGUUUUAUUUAACGUAUUUUUUGAAAAUUGGCAGGGCCAGAAAAUCAUAGAUUCCAGCGAAAAAGUGUUUGAAUCGGCAUAUAAUACAGAGUGGUAUAACAUGCCGAUAGCAACAAGAAAGCUUCUCAUAAUAAUGAUGAUAAAAAGUGAAAAACCAUUGAUGCUAAAAAUGGGUAAAGUCGUUUUAUUGUCAUAUAUAACAUUCAAUACGGUUUUGCGUACAUCGUCGUCAUACUUCAUGCUACUGCGAUCUUUAUAAUAAAAAUUUUGAAUAUAAUUAGUAAUAUUUAUAUAUUAUUAUUUAUCACACUCUAGUACAAUAUAAAUAGAUCUUAUAAGAUCGCACCUUCAUAGGACAACUUUCCUUCCAGUGCUUUUUUUAUGUGAAUAUUUAAAUAAAACUAGAAAUUAAUCUCUAAAGUAAAAAAAAAAUCUUUUUAAAAUAGGAAGUGCAUGUUAAUGUUAAAAAAUAUCAUAUAAAGUAUUUUUUAUUGAUAAAAAAAAUUUUUGAUUUUUAAUUGCUAUUAUUAUUAAGAAAGUUUGUAUGUGCUAAAAUUUCGACAAAUAAAUUAUAAAUAUUUAAUAAUAAUCUAUUAUAUAACAAACGAAUACACGUACUUCAUAGUUUUUGACUCUAUUUGUAUAUUGUAUGUUACAAAUGUGCGAUACAAUGAAAAUGUGCAGAAAACCGCGCAGUACAAAAAUACAUUUCUAAAGAAAUGAAAUUUUAAGAUAUCAAUAUUUUUUAUAAGUAAAUAAAGUGAUUAACAGAUCAUCUGGGUCAUCUUAUGAACCAUCAAUGCUACCGAAAUUACAUAUAGAAUUCCAAAAAUGUAGAAGAAAGAAGUAAUCGAUUAUAACGUGUAAACAUUUACGUAAGUUAAAACAUGUAACUAUUACCAAAUAAAUUCAAUUUAAAUCGUGCAAAUAUUUUAUAUAAAACAAAAACAAUUACAUCAUAAAAAAUUUUUAUGUAACACACAUAUAAUUUUUCAUACAAGUUACCGAAGUAAAUGAUAUUGAGAAGCACAUGGUUGCGAAG